CGGCGACCGGCUGGGCCGCGGCUCUGGGCGUGGCCCGGCGUGAAGGGCUGCGCUGGCCUCGCGCGUCGCCCGCAGACGCGAGCAGUAGCCUCCGCCGCCGUCCGAUCUAGCCGAGCGAGCGCGGCCCGAGCUGCCGCCAUGGGGAGCCGCGUGUCGCGGGAGGACUUCGAGUGGGUCUACACCGACGAGCCGCACGCCGCGCGGCGCCGCGAGAUCCUGGCAAAGUAUCCAGAGAUAAAAUCCUUGAUGAAACCUGAUCACAACUUGAUAUGGAUUAUUAUCGUGAUGGUUCUCACCCAGCUCGUUGCCUUUUACUUAGUGAAAGACUUGGACUGGAAAUGGGUCGUAUUUUGGGCCUAUGUCUUUGGCAGCUGCAUUAACCACUCAAUGACUCUGGCUAUUCAUGAGAUUUCCCACAACUUCACCUUUGGCCACCACAAGACACUGUGGAAUCGCUGGUUUGGAAUGGUUGCUAAUCUUCCCAUUGGGGUUCCAUAUUCAGUUUCCUUUAAGAGAUAUCACAUGGAUCACCAUAGAUACCUUGGAGCUGAUGGCAUUGAUGUGGAUAUUCCUACUGAUUUUGAGGGCUGGUUCUUCUGUACCACUUUCAGAAAGUUUCUAUGGGUUAUUCUUCAGCCUCUCUUUUAUGCUUUUCGACCUCUGUUCAUCAAUCCCAAACCAAUUUCUUAUCUUGAAAUUAUCAAUACUGUGGUCCAAAUCACUUUUGACAUUCUAGUUUACCACAUUUUAGGAAUUAAGUCUUUAGUCUACAUGUUGGCAGGAUCUCUUCUUGGUCUGGGCUUACACCCGAUUUCUGGACAUUUUAUAGCCGAACAUUACAUGUUCUUAAAGGGACAUGAAACUUACUCAUAUUAUGGGCCUCUGAAUUUACUGACCUUCAAUGUGGGUUAUCACAAUGAACAUCACGACUUUCCCAAUGUUCCUGGAAAGAGCCUUCCACUGGCUCUUCUCACACUCUUGGUCUCAGUUAAUCCUGAUGGCUCAGCUUCCUGAAUACUGAGAUGACAGGUGAGGAAAAUAGCCGCAGAAUACUACGACAACCUGCCCCACUACAAUUCCUGGGGGAAAGUGCUGUAUGAUUUUGUGAUGGAUGACACCAUAAGUCCCUACUCCAGAAUGAAGAGGCCUGCAAAAGGGCAGGAGGUCCUGGAGUAAAUAUCAUCCCAGCAAAAGAAUUCCCCUGCGAAGCUUGAAAACAGCCACCCAGUGUGUUCUGCAAGUGGCAGCUUCAGGCAGCGGUACUUGGGAGGCGCCUCACACCAUGUGGGCUGAGGAUCUCCACACACCCGCCUCUGUGUGCUCGGCUUGCCCCACUCAUUGAUUGCUCAUCCCUAGCGGAGUCUCCAUCCACGUGUGUCACUGUGUAAGCAAAUUUUUAUUUUACUAAAACAGCUAAUAAACUGACCUACUAAUCACAGAAUAUUAGUACUAAUUUCGGUUUUAUAUUUCAUUGUGUUUGCACCCUGUGAUUACUGGUGGACUUUGAAACUUUCAUUCCAGAAGUAGUUUGAAAAAGAUCCCAGUUACUUUUGGACAGAAGCUUGAGAUUGAAAUAAUGUUGACUGUAGCUGAACUACAAAUGUUCACUUUGACCUGCUGUACACGUGACCUAAGUCAGAAGCUGCUGUGUCCUGAACUGCCUUCCUCCUGAAUAAAGUGCGUAUGGAACCCAG